GACUUCAGGAGACGUUUUAGAGACAACAGUAACUCCUCUCGCCUUUUACUGUGUAGACACCACAUUGGAUAAAAAACGCAUUUAGCUAAUUUCGUCUCAGCCCGUCUUGGAAAAUAACGACUAAUUCCACCGAGGAGAAGCAACUCAAACAAGACGGUAGUUCGCUGUUACUUAACUGCAGUUAAGUAGGAAAGCGUCGCUGCUGUAGCAUGUCGGCCGUGCCAAACGAGUCGAGGAAACGGAACAGAAAGCGAUAUGCGUACGGAUACUUUCAUACCAAGCGGCACAAGGGUCCCCGGGAGCUGGACGUGGGCAUGGAGGGAAUCCUCGUCACCUGCAACAACGAGAAGACGUGCACACCAGAGGCCCUCAACCUGCUCAGUGAAUACGCUGACAAGCUCUAUGGACCGGAUUCGUUGCAUGAUGGUGCUGAGAGCAUCAAUGAGGAACUAGAGGCUGGAGCACCGAGACCACAACAGGAGAAAUACUUCCAGGCUAUGAAGAGUGGGGCACACAAUGUGAUCUUCAUCAGAACUCAAAAUUUUGAACCUGACAAGUUGGUUCAUUCCAUCCUGUCUGAUCUUCACACCACCAAGGAGAAAAAGUCCAAUGAGAUUCUCCGGAUGCUGCCAGUAACUGGAACAUGCAUGGCCUUCCAUGAGGAAAUAGUGAGGUACCUGACUACUUUCUUGGAACCAUGGUUCAGAACACCAAACUAUGCUACCUAUCACAUUGCCUUCAAGGGCCGCGACAUCGGCUACAAGAAGACAGAUGAAAUCAUGAAAUCAAUUGCAGGUGUUCUGGGGAGGUUGAAUCGUAAAAACAAACUGGAGUUGACAAACCCACAACUGACAAUCAUCAUUGAGGUUAUCAAGGCUGUGUGUUGCAUCAGUGUGGUUAGAGACUAUAAACUGUAUAGAAAGUACAACAUUCAGGAAAUACUAAAAGUGGAUGCACCAAAGCCUGAUGCGACCUCAGCAAAAACUGAUGCAAACAAACCCGAGGAGGAGGGGAAUCAGAAGGAAGAGGAGACAAAACAUGAAGACAAGACGGGUGAUGAGGAAAAUGGCAAAAAUGUUUCGGAGGACGACAAGGAGGUUGAUAAGGGUCAAGGUGAAGGAGAGUAAGGCUUUGAAAUCAAAGCAACAAGUUGUUGGUCAUAUUUAAAAUACCUUUGUUAUAUUGUUAUGCUUUUGUUUGCCAAGUGAAAGAAAUCUGACUUUUUACAUGGUUUAUAAUGGCGCAUUUAAACUGGCUCUACUCACCUCGGCACGGCACGAUUAGGUUGCAUUUCCACUACAAAAAAAGUACCAACGUGGGCGGAGUCAUCACUGCACGGCUGAGUGAAACUGCUGUGACUUGUUUUAUACGCAACACACACGAGUGACUAGUGACUUUAUACCAGACUUCUGUAGUUGUUGGAGAUUAACCCACGUUUUUAGGGUUGUUAAGUAGUUUUAAUUUAUCUACAGUUCGGCGCUGUCGGCUUGAUUUGUGAGUGGGAUUUCUCUUCCUGUGAUGGGACUCUGGCCAGUCAGCGGCCGGCAGUCUGACCAAUCAUCGCAUAGAACCUACUACUACUACUACUACCACGCUUGGAACCUCGCCGAAGGUACCAGGUACUAUGCUAGUGGAAACGCUUCUUAAACCGUGCUGUGGUGUGGUGAGGUAAGGCAAGUAGAGCUGGUGGAAAUGUGCCUUGAGAUUGACAAAAAUGAAAAAUUACAUAAAAUGAUGUACUGACUGUUUUCAUUAGGAAAACUAUUGACUAUAUUGAGGUGUCCAUUUUAAAUUACUUGACAAAAUGAAAAAUUACAUAAAAUUAUGUACUGACUGUUUUCUUUAGGAAAACUUUAUUGACUAUAUUGGGGUGUCCAUUUAAAUUGGAGAGCUUUAGAAUUAACUGUGUCUUAGUGAUGUGCAGCUUAACUUUGUUGCAGCAGCUCACUUUUUUUUCAUCUGAAUCUUCUCUUUAAGUGUCAUUUGAAUUAUACUUUUUAAAUUUGAGUAAACAGAGGUGUGUGUUACAUGAAAUAAUGGAUGUUUUUUGGAAGAAAUGUUAUUUCCUAAAUAAGCACCUGAAUUAAAAUUGCCUGUGUUUGUAAUCAGUUUAGUACAUUUAGUGUGUUGGAGCUUUUCCACUUAACAUCAAAGAGUAAAACAUCCCUUGUUACUAAAACCUA